AUGUCGUCCCCAAACGAGGAGCGAAAGGACUACAAGAAUGACACAGAAGCUCAAGUCAAGACUGGCCCUUUGGGCACCGACCCGAGCAAGCCGCUACCCCCAGAGCGGCCUUAUCUCUGGACAUCGGCACAUUCAGAUCAUGAAAAAGCAGAACUUCGCUUUUCUGGAUUUGAGUCCUGCUACAUCGCGUGCAUACGAGACGCUGAAUGGCAGAUCCAGCGCAAGAUCCAGGACAUCGACUUCAAUACUGGCAGCCCUGGUCUUGCCAGCGAUAUGGCCCCUUUACUCUUGCAAUACUCUCAAUUGAUCGAGGCACUUUCGAAUAUCGAGAGUAAAGACAGAGUCUUUGAAGAGGAUUAUUUGAUUAACAAGGACGACAAGAUAACGAUGUUCUCUGGGAUGCGACGACGCAUUUCUCGCAAGGACAAAGACAGUGAUAGAGUCCAUGAAUCUUUACGAUCGAACAUUGUUCUCGCGGUUUUGGGCUACAUCUACACCUGGGAUGUCGCUGAUGGCCUGAAAAGGAGAUUCGGCAAUCUGACGAAGACCCUGGACCGCCUACUUGUUGGUCUUGCUGGCGGUGCAUCGCUGCUCGUGCCAAUGAUUGUCAUGACAUUCGCCACAACUAGGGCUGCGAGGCUAAUUAUCGUCUCUGUCGCUACGAUGCUAUUCGCUACUGCCAUGGCAUUGACUACGACAAGUAAAGAGAAUGUCAUAACAGCCACGACUGCAUACGCCGCAAUAUUGGUUGUCUAUAUCGGAAGUUCAGAGACAGUAUCUUCGUCAUAG